AUGCCCCCCUUACAAGCUUUUGGGCAUCAUUGGAAUAUUUCAAAUGAUGAUUUUGUCUUUCCUGGAUUAACUGAUUUAAUUGUUAGAAGUUUUUGGGUUAUUUGUUCUCUAAUUAUUUUUAUUGUUCACAAUCCUUUUGGUUGUUCAACCUAUGUUUGGUUACCUAUUGUUUCUUUAAUGAUUUUUGUAAAUUUUCUUUCUGGUGGCCUCUCUUUUGCUCUAGCAAUGCUUAGCGCUCAGGGAUCAAUAAUGGAAAUGGAAAAGAGGAGACAUGUCUCAACAUUAUUAUAUGCUAGACUUCCUGUAUUUUUUGUUGAAGUAAUUUGGACAAUUAUAACGACUUUGCUUUCUUUUAAUAUUUUUUAUAAUGCUGAUAAUCUCUGUAAAAUUGAAAGUGGAAUUCGUAUUGCUGUUGUUAUUGAGUGGAUUCUAGUCAUUUCUAUAUUUAUUGGUGCAAUAUGUGUUUUUAAUCCACACGAGGGGCGAAGAAUGGACAGAUCUUUGGUUGAUGAACGGUUAUAUUGGAAACGAAAUUUUUUUCUGGUUUGUUUUUUAUUAUCAAAAAAAUCCGAAGGAAAUUUGGUUGGAGUUGGGCUUUUGGGAAUUUUUUAA